AUGGUAAAGUUGCAGAGUGUUUUGGAUGCAUUGCGUGCACGAAAGGAGCGUUUUUUGUUUGAGGACGUGGAUGUUUCAUUGAAGCCCAGCGUGAUGAUGUUUAUUACAAUGAACCCUGGCUAUCCAGGACGUGCAGAGCUGCCAGAAUCUGUGAAGGCACUGUUCCGUCCUGUGUCCAUGGCUGUACCUGAUCUGGCGCUAAUAUCCGAAAUCAUGCUCAUGGCAGAAGGCUUUCAGCAAUCGAAACUCCUAUCUCGAAAAUUUAUUAUUCUGUAUAAGUUGUGCGAGGAUCUGCUUUCCAAGUCCCGGCACUAUGACUGGAAACUGCGGGCUAUCAAGACUACCCUUUAUGUGGCAGGGAGCAUGAAACGGUCUGCUCCAGAGCUGUCUGAGGAUAGAGUGUUGGUACGCGAACUACGUGACUUCAAUGUAGGCAAACUAACUGCAGAUGACACGUCCAUCUUUCUGGGUUUGCUGGGUGACUUGUUCCCCAAGACGAUAGAGAAUGUGCCACGCGCUGUGGAUUCAUGUUUUGAAGCCAAAGUACAAGAGGCGGCUAUCGAGAUGGGUUAUCAACCUGAUGCAACCUUUCGCCUGAAGGUGUCGCAGUUGCGGGAAAUAUUUGACGUCCGCUGGUCCGUGUUUCUAUUAGGCCCUGCCGGCUGCGGCAAAUCUGCCAUUUGGCGGACCCUGAUGAAGGCACAGAACAUCCUUGGCGAACGCACAGUCUUCCGUGCUAUUAAUCCCAAGGCAGUCACUCGCAAUGAGCUGUAUGGCUACCUGCACCCCCAGACGCGUGAAUGGAAGGAGGGUCUUAUGUCAUCAACCUUCCGUGAUAUGGCCCAAAAUAAGACCAACAGGCAUCAAUGGAUUGUAUUGGAUGGUGAUAUCGAUGCUGAGUGGAUCGAGUCUGCCAACACAGUCAUGGAUGACAACAAGAUGCUGACACUGGCAUCAAAUGAACGAAUACCACUCACCAGCUCCAUGCGGUUGUUGCUGGAGAUUAAUCAUAUGAAUCAUUGCUCACCAGCCACAGUGUCCCGUGGAGGUGUCAUUUUUGUAAAUGCUGAUGACAUUGGUUGGAAGCCUGCGGUGGAGAGUUGGGUGGAGAUGCUGGAGUGCACGGACCACAAACCAAUGUUGAAUAUGCUGUUUAGCAAAUAUGUUGAUGGUACAUUAGAGCACUGCCGCCGAAAUUACAAAACUGUGGUCCCACUUCCCGCUAUUAACCAGGUUCAAACACUGUGUAAGAUAUUGGAGGGUAUCUUGCCUAAGGAGGUGCAGAGAGGAGGGCCACCUCCUGACAAGAAGCUCCUAGAGCACCACUUUGUCUUUGCAUGCAUUUGGGCAUUUGGUGGCUGCCUCCUGGUGGAUAAGAUCACUGACUAUCGCCUGCAGUUCAGUCGGUGGUGGCAGGGAGAGCAUAAGACAGUGUUGUUCCCAGCAGAGGGCACUGUAUUUGACUAUUUUGUGGAUGACCAGAAUGUGUGCAUGACUCACUGGAGGCAACGGGUUACACAGUUUACAUACGUGCCAGAUGCAGAUAGCAUGUCGUUUUGUGUACCCACUGUGGAGACCACGCGCCUAAACUAUCUGUUGGAGCUAUUGCUGCCCAAUAUGCAUCAUGUAAUGUUUGUGGGGAACAGUGGCACGGGAAAAACUACCAUAAUGCAGAACAAAUUACGGAGCCUGGAUGGCGACAGCCGGAUGUUACAUACCAUCAAUCUGAACAGCCAGCACACAGGACCAAGCCUACAGGCCGUUCUUGAAUCUCCUUUAGAAAAGAAAGCAGGAAUGCGUUUUGGCCCCCCGGGAACGAAGAAACUAACAUACUUCGUCGAUGACAUCAACAUGCCUUUCGUCGAUAAGUAUGAUACACAGAGUGCCAUUGAACUUCUGCGACAAAGCAUCGACUAUCAUGGCUGGUUUGACAAGCAAAAAAUUAUGCAAAAGGAGGUUUGCAACACCCACUAUGUCGCAUGCAUGAACCCCACUGCUGGGUCAUUCACCAUAACACCACGCAUGCAGCGGCACUUUGUUACUCUUGCAGUCCAGAUGCCCAGCCCAGAAAUUGUCAAGUAUAUGUACUCCCAGAUUGUGGAGGGACAUUUGAGCAACGGCUUCGAAGAGGAGGUUGUUCGCUUGGGACCAAGGCUAGUUGACGCAAUGAUUGAGUUACAUGGACUCGCGAUGAAUGGCUUUCUGCCAUCUGCAGUAAAGUUUCACUAUCAGUUCAAUCUGCGCGAUCUCUCUAGUAUUACCCAGGGCCUAUGCCGCAUGACGAAGGAAACAAUCAAGGAGCCCCUGCAGGCUGUACGCCUAUGGUUGCAUGAGUGCAAGCGUGUUUUGAGCGACCGAUUGGUCAGUGAGCAAGAUAUAGCAAGGUUCUCUGAGUUUUGCGGGACCGUUGUACGCAAGUACUUCGGCCAUAUGAAGCUGCUGGAUAUUGAGGCAAAGCCGCUCCUUUUCAACAAUUUUAUGGCACGAAAUGCAAUUGAUGCACCAGUAUACACAUGCGCUGAAUCUGAUGACGUAUUAAAAAGGAUUUUGCAGGAGAAGUUGGCCGAAUACAACGAGAAUAAUGCAGUCAUGGAUCUGGUGCUCUUCAAACAAGCAGCUGAGCAUGUGUCUAGAAUCGCACGUAUUCUAUCCGUUCCUCGUGGACAUGCUAUGUUGGUCGGCGUUGGUGGUUCAGGCAAGCAAUCAUUAGCACGACUUGCAGCGUUCCUAUGCGGUUAUGAAUUGUUUCAAAUUGCUGUUACCUCAACAUAUGGCCUAAGCGAGUUUAAAAUGGACUUGGUGAGUGUAUAUCACAAGGCUGGCGUGAAGGGGACACCCAUAGUAUUGUUGAUGAGUGAUAACCAGAUUGUUAAGGAAGACUUCCUCAUCUACAUUAAUGACUUGCUCGCAAAUGGUGAUAUUCCCGACUUAUGCUCUCAAGAAGAAAAGGAUAAUUUUUCUAGCUUGGUGCGAAAUGAAGCUAAAGCUGCCGGUCUGAUGGACACUCCGGAAAUAUGCUGGCAGUUUUUCAUUGAGCGGGUUCGCAAAAAUCUCCAUAUUGUGCUGUGUUUUUCACCUGUCGGAGACCAAUUUAGAAUUCGAGCAAGGCAGUUCCCUGGUCUUGUUAACAGUAUGCAAUAUGAUUGGUUUCAUUCCUGGCCUGAAGAAGCGCUUAUUAGUGUCGCCGGCCGUUUCCUGAGCGACGUGCCAGAUCUCCAGGAGGGACUGCGGGAGUCCAUCUCCAAGCACAUGGCUUUUGUGCACCAGUCUGUUAGCACUGCCAGCCACAAAUAUUACGAGCUGUAUCGCCGCUAUAAUUAUACAACCCCUAAAUCAUUUCUUGAGCUUAUAGCGCUGUACAAGCAGCUCCUGGCUAUCAAGCGUGAACAGCUCAAGCAGGGCAAGGACCGCCUUGAGAGGGGAGUAGACAAAAUCACGUCGGCAACACGUGCUGUUGAAGAUUUGCAGAAGAACCUUGAGGAGGAGCAGGUUGUGGUUGAUCAGAAACGGGCCAAAACCCAGGAGUUGGUGGAGUCAAUCGGACAGGAGAAGGCCAAGGUGGACGAGGAAGUUGAUAAAGGAAGGGAGGACGAGGCAGCAGCUGCCAAGUUACAAUCAGAAGUCAUUGCCUUCCAGGAGGAAUGCGCCCAGGACCUGGCAUGUGCAGAGCCCAUCAUUCAGGAGGCAGAGGCUGCACUGAAUUCAUUAGACAAGGCCUCGCUUGGAGAGCUCAAGUCGUUCGGAGCCCCUGCUGCUGAAAUUGUCCAAGUACUGGCGGCCUGCAUGAUUUUGUGUUCAAGCGGCGGCAAUAUUCCUAAAGAUCUCAGCUGGAAUGCUGGAAAAAAGUUCAUGGGCAAUACAGAUGCUUUUCUGCGGUCGCUGCUCACUUUCGAUAAAGACGGCAUACCAGUUGCAUGCGUGGAUCGCGUCGAAAAGGACUUCAUUUCCAACCCAAAUUUCCGCCCUGACUACAUUCGUACAAAGUCAUCUGCUGCAGCAGGCUUGAGUGCGUGGGUUAUUAAUAUGUGCAAAUACUUCCGCAUUUAUCAGGUCGUUGCUCCCAAGCGCUGUGCCCUGGCAGAAGCGAACAAACGACUGGAAGCUGCCAACAAGAAGCUGAGUGGCAUUCGAUCUAAAGUGAAGGAUUUACAGGAGCGUGUCGCAGUGCUAGAACAGGGUUUAAUUAAAGCCACGGAGGAUAAGAACACCGCAAUAGCGCAGGCACAACGCACUGCUAGCAAGGCUGCACUAGCACAACGCCUGAUCACAGGAUUGGCUGGGGAGUUCGCUCGUUGGAGUGAAAGCAUCGUGGAAAUGGCAACCACUGAGGGCAACCUGAUAGGAGAUGUAUUGUUGAGCUCUUCCUUUGUUACAUACGCCGGCGCUUUUAACACACAAAUUCGACGGGAGCUGACACAUUGGCUGCCAGACAUUAACCAACGCCUCAUCCCUACAUCUGCAAGUGUCAGCCCACUCGACAUGCUGACAGACGAAUCUACCAAGGCGCAGUGGGCCAAUGAAGGUUUGCCCACAGAUGUUCUGUCUAUUGAAAAUGGUGCCAUCAUUACUUCCACAGCACGUUGGCCGUUAUUGAUUGACCCACAGCUGCAGGGAGUUAAUUGGGUUCUGAGAAGGGGGGAGAGAAAUGGCUUGCGCACACCCCCCCACAGCGACGCAAAGUGUAUUGAUACGGUUAGUGUUAGCUUGAGAUCCCACACAAAAACACAAAGAUGCAACCACUCCCCCGAAAUUGACCCGGUGUUAGAUGCAGUGAUACAGAAAAAGGUACCUGAUCCUUGUCGAAGCCAGAUCAUCAAGCUGGGUGACGUAGAGGUGGAGUAUAACCCUCGCUUCCAACUGUAUCUGCAAACCAAACUCAGUAAUCCGCACUUCAAACCAGAAGUUGCGGCGCAGACAACCCUUGUUAAUUUUUGUGUUACCGAGGCAGGCCUUGAGGAUCAGCUUUUGGCUUUGGUUGUUGAUCACGAGCGGUCAGACUUGCAAAAGGAUGCCAUGCGGCUGGUGCAUCAGUUGGCAGAAUAUACUAUUGCUCUGAAACAACUGGAGGACUCUCUGUUGGCAAGGCUAGCAGCUUCUCAGGGCGAUAUUUUAGAAGACAUGCCCUUGAUUGAAAACCUGGAGGAGACCAAGCGCACGGCUGUUCAGAUCGCAGAACAAGUCAAGCAAGCAAAGGAGACUGAGGUUAGCAUUAGCAAAGCGAGGGAGGUGUAUCGACCUGUGGCUCUCCGCGGCGCACUAAUCUAUUUCGUGGUGGAUUCUCUGAGUGCUCUUGACCGAGUGUACCACUACUCAAUGGCAAACUUUAUCCAUAUCAUGAUUAAGGGAAUGGUGAGGGGGCCUCCGGAUGUUGCAGAGCGCGUCAAGCUGCUUAUGUCAGUCAUCUCACAUCAGCUGUUCAAUUACAUCGCACAGGGUUUGUUUGAGCGCCACAAGUUACUGGUGGCUACUCAACUAUGCAUGCGGAUCCUGAAAAAAAAAGGCGAGCUAUGCCAAGAGAAGUUUGAAUACUUCCUGCAUGCCCCUCAGGUUGUAGGCCAGCCCAAUCCUGUGUCUGAGUUGCUACCGCAAACCUGCUGGCAGUCUGUGUUGGCGCUCAAGGAACUCGCAGACUAUCAUGCACUUCCCGAAGAUCUCUUCGCUAGCUACAUGCGCUGGAAGGAAUGGGUGGAGAUGGAGCGACCUGAGGAUGAGCCCUUACCUGGCGACUGGAAGCGAAUGCCUCAAUUCGAUCAACUUCUGUUGUUCCAAGCCCUGCGCCCUGAUCGUGUCACUGCUGCAAUGGCUAAGUUUGUCGCGAACACUUUGGGUAUGCAAUGUUGUCGUUGUUUCUGGUGGCUGUGCUUGCAGGAUGCUAGCCCUGGCACGCCCAUGUUGGUGCUUCUCUCCCCAGGCGUUGAUGUAGCAGGCGCCGUUGAGGCACUUGGUUGUAAGCUAGGGUAUACACAGGAGAAUGGGAAAUACUUCAGCGUUUCGCUAGGGCAAGGCCAGGAGCCCAUUGCUAUGAGUCACUUGACACAUGCACAUAAAAAUGGCGGUUGGGUGCUGCUUCAGAACAUCCAUCUCACUAUUGAAUGGACUAGCGGGCCGCUUGAAAAAUAUAUUGACAAGCUGGCUGAAGGCGCCCAUCCAGACUUCAGGCUAUUUCUAUCAGCAGAAGCACCUCCGUCGCUGGAGCGCCCCCUACCUAUUUCUAUCCUGCAGGCAUGCAUUAAGCUGACCAACGAGCCGCCCGAAGGCUUGAAGGCUAACCUGCUGCGUGCGUAUGGCAACUUCAGUGAGGACACUCUGGAAGGAUGUGCAAAACAAACCGAGUCAAUCGUGUAUGCUCUGUCCUUUUUUCAUGCUGCGCUGCUGGAGCGCAAGAAGUUUGGCGUCGGCAACCUCCCAGGAGCCCGCAGCGGCAUCGGCUGGAAUAUGAACUAUCCCUGGUCUACAAAUGACCUCCUUUGCUCUGCCCAGCUCUCUGCUAGCUACCUAGAACAAUGCAGCAAGGUGCCUUGGGAUGACCUUCGCUACAUGUGUGGGGAGAUCAUGUACGGUGGACACAUCGUCGAGGACUGGGACCGCCGCCUUGCCAGUGCAUACCUGCACAACUAUUUCAAUGACGCACUGCUGGAUGGUAUGGAGAUUUUCCCCGGCUUCUCAGUGCCGCCAGCCACCAUGACGCACAUUCAAGUGCUUGAGUAUAUUGAGGACCGCAUGCCCGUGGAGUCCGCAGUGGCAUUUGGAUUACACCCAAAUGCAGAAAUCGGUUUUAAGUUGCGAGAGGCAGUCACUUUCUGUAGCAAUCUACGAAGCCUCCAGCCUCGCGAUACAGUGGGUGAGGCAGGUCUAACAGCUGAAGAGCAAGCGCGUCGAGUUGUGGACGGCCUUGCUGAGCGCAUUCCUGAUAACUUUGAUCUUGAUGACAUUCGUAGUCGGGUUGAUGAGUACACGCCAUACAUCAUGGUGGCUAUCCAGGAAGCAGAACGCUGGAAUAUACUGCUGACCGAGAUCCGACGAAGCCUGAUGGAAUUGGACUUAGGCUUGAAAGGAGAUCUGACCAUGACAGAAUCAAUGGCAAGCUUUGAACGUCUAAUGCUUGCACUUGUUGCUGACCACGUGCCUGAAAGUUGGGCAUUAGUUGGCUACCCCAGCUUGCGGGCACUGGCGUCCUGGAUGCAGAACUUGCUCCAGCGUGUAUCUCAGAUCCAGGAUUGGUGUUCCAACCUCACAGUUCCUAAAAGUGUAUGGUUGAGCGGACUGUUUAACCCCCAGUCGUUUCUCACUGCGGUAAAGCAAACAACUGCCAGGCGGAAUGAAUGGCCUCUAGACCGGACCGUUAUUGUCACAGAGGUGACAAAGAAAUAUUCGUUGGACCAGGUGGAUGCGCCAUCCCGUGAGGGUGCCUUUGUGCAUGGUCUUGUUCUUGAGGGUGCCUCUUGGGAUGACAAACUGGGAAUGUUGGAAGAGAGUAAGCCCAAGCAGCUCCUGACACAAAUGCCCAUCAUGCUCAUCAAGGCAGUGCCAGCUGAGAAGGAGCCGAAGGAUGGUGUGUACCAGUGCCCUGUGUAUUUUACCGAGCGCCGGUUCAGAGAAGAGGUGUUCACGGCUCAACUGAGGACCAAGCGACCUUGGACCUCUUGGACUGAAGCAGGAGUGUGUCUGUUUUUAGACUCGGUUAACACUUAAUGCUUGUUGGAUAACUGACCCUUAUUGAAGCUUGAGAGUUUAUAAUCCUCUCUCAGCAAUGCAUUGUAACCAUGACAGCUUCC